AGGCCCGGGAGCGGCCUCCGCGCCGCCGACAUGUCAUCGAGAAUCGGGCCUUUCGCUGUCAGCGACUCUUGUCCCGCCAGGACGAGGCGGCUAGGCAGCGGCUCCGGAACGGUCAGGACUUCAGACCCGGAGGCGGAGAGGCAGAGGCCGCUCUGGGCGGCAGCGGCACCGGCACCGGCAACGGCAACGGGAGGCGGCUCCAAGAAAAUCACUCACCCGGCGAAAGCCAUCCUGGCAGGUGGACUGGCUGGUGGAAUUGAAAUCUGUAUCACGUUUCCGACAGAGUAUGUGAAAACACAGUUACAGCUUGAUGAACGAGCAAAUCCUCCACGCUAUAAGGGCAUUGCUGACUGUGUGCAAGUGACUGUUCGGGAUCAUGGAGUUAAAGGAUUGUACCGAGGUCUUAGCUCUCUGCUGUAUGGUUCCAUUCCAAAAUCAGCCGUCAGGUUUGGAAUGUUUGAAUUUCUGAAUAAUCGGAUGAUUGAUGAGAAGGGGGUGCUGACUAUGUGGCGGAGCUUUCUGUGUGGCCUGGGAGCUGGGGUGGCUGAAGCUGUGUUGGUUGUAUGCCCCAUGGAGACAGUAAAGGUGAAGCUUAUUCAUGACCAGAGCUCACUUAGUCCGAAAUACCAUGGGUUUUUCCAUGGUGUCCGGGGGAUUAUUCGAGAACAAGGUCUUCGAGGAACAUACCAGGGGUUGACAGCCACUGUCCUCAAACAGGGCUCGAACCAAGCAAUCCGCUUCUUUAUGAUGACAACGCUACGCAAUUGGUAUAAAGGUAAUGAUCCAAAUAAACCAAUUAACCCAUUUAUCACGGCUGCAUUUGGAGCUACUGCUGGUGCAGCCAGUGUCUUCGGGAAUACCCCACUGGAUGUGGUGAAGACGAGGAUGCAGGGUCUUGAGGCCUCCAAGUACAAGAACACACUGGAUUGUGCAUAUCAGAUCCUUAAAAAUGAGGGAUUAUUUGCGUUUUACAAAGGAACGGUUCCACGUUUGGCCAGAGUGUGUCUUGAUGUGGCCAUUGUCUUCGUCAUUUAUGAGGAGGUUGUCAAAAUUCUCAACAAGAUCUGAAAGACUGACUAAGGAGAGUCAGCAUCUGCACAGCGUAGCCUCUGUCUUACAUCUGUCUGUUUCUCUGACGUUCAGUAAUGCACAAUCCAGACCAGCUUUCCUAUCAACUCCAGUUGCCAACGAAGUGCAUCACAACCAAGUUAAAAUGGACUCAUUGUCAAAACUGCCUUAGUGACUGCGGACAUUUGGGGAGGUACUCAACACCCUCAGCUGCUUGUUUCUGAAAGGAGUGCAAAUGGGCCACUUAUUCCCUCUUGCUACCUCUUUUGACGGUUUCAAUGCCAUGUCCUGUUUCCAGUGGAACACGUUUGCAGAGUGUCCGUUCUUUAACCCUUUUUGGAUACUUUGCUAAUCACAGAGCUUGAUCCCAGGAGCUGGGGGUGAGAUAGCAUGUCAAUCCAUGCUGAAACAGCUCCACUAGGAUUAAGCUGCUUUUCUCUUUAACACACAGUGCCAAGCCUGUUACCUUUAUUUAAAAAAAAGCCCAAAAUAGUUUUUGGAUAAUUGUAUUCUUAAUCUCUUUGUAGUGUUUGUUUUAAAUGUUGUUUUCCCGGAUUCUCAGGUUACUGUU